UGAAUAAAUCCUCGAGAUAAUUCUAUCAAAGGUUGAUGCACAAAUUAUUGUUUAGAGGUUUCUGCGAUAACGUUUUAGCUUGUAUUUACUCUAAUAGUCAAUAGAACUUGGUCACAAAAUAAUCGAGACUAUAAAAUAGAGCGAGCAUGCCAUUCAAGCAACGUCUAAGCACCAUAUUAGCAAUUUUUACCCAAAAAUUCAUCACAAAAACAUUCUGUUAACAGCAAGAUGAAACUCGAACGCAAUUCUGUCUUUCUUGCCUUGACCCUUCUCGGAACUGUAACCAGCCGUGCAGUUUUUUUCACAGUAAAUUCAGACGACCAAAGUAUUAUACUGGUCAUUGAAGAAGAGGAUUCGAGAAUAAUCUCAAGCCAAAGAAGCGGAGCGGUUAAAACCCAUUUUUAUGGUGAGAAACUUGAGUGCAAGGGCAAUUACUUGAGUGUUGAAAAUGAGAUGCUAGCCUUAUCCAAGACACCAAAGAAUUACCUCACCACCAUAUUAGACAAGGAUGACAGGUUUCCGCAUUUGGAGGCCAAGGGCGACGGAGUCUUUUAUGUCUGUGAAGACAGACUGAUUCACCUAAAGGAUGGAUGCCCGGGUGCGCAAGAAGUGAAGAUUUUUUAUUAUGAGUGGUAAGCUAAUCUUGAGCUGAUUUUCUUGCUUCUGAAAAAAGAAUUCUCCUAUUUCCAGCAAAAUGCGUGAGGUCAAUCAGCUACGUAGGCCAAUACGGCUUCACCAAAAAGGACUUGCGGUAUUAACUAAUC